UGAGGUUUGGGAAGGGACUUCCACUAGCUAAGAGCCUAAUUCCCCCCCACCCCCAUCUGCGAAAGAGUGACCCCAGCGGGGAGCCGCGGCAAGCAGCCAGGGCCACGUGGGCUCACUGAGCGCCCUGCUGGAGCUGGGGAGGAAGGUAGGAGAAAACCAGGGGAGCGUCAUUAGGCUCAGGUCCGGGCCAUGAGAUCCUUGCACCUCCACCUUUCUGCUUCCUCUGGCCCCCGGGCCCUGGGGAAGCUGUUGCUUCCGCUACUGAUGGCGCAACUGUGGGUCUCGGAGGCGCAGCUGCCUGGAAACGACACUGGCUUCGACCGAGCGGUGUCCCCUGGCCUGUGCCCACGCGGUUCACAGCCCUGGCAGGUGGCGCUCUUCAACGGCCUCAAAUUCCACUGCGCAGGCGUCCUGGUGGCCCCCAGCUGGGUGCUCACGGCUGCGCACUGCUGGAACAACAAGAAGCUGUGGGCUCGAGUCGGGGAUGACCACCUGCUGCUGCUUCAGGGAGAGCAGCUACGCCUGACUACUGAGGCCUUUAUUCACCCCAAGUACCACCAGGGCUCGGGCCCCAUCCUGCCCAGGCGGACGGAUGAGCACGACAUCAUGCUAUUGAAGCUGGGGAGGCCCGUUGUGCUGGGGCCUCGUGCCCAGACCCUGCGGCUGCCCUUCAGCUGCACCACCCUGAGAGACAACUGCCAUGUGGCUGGCUGGGGGACCACAAGCAGCCGGAGAGUGAAGUACAACAGGAGUCUGAGCUGUUCCAGGGUCACUCUUCUGAGCCUGAGAGAGUGUGAGGUCUUCUACCCCGGAGUGCUCACCAACAACAUGAUCUGUGCUGGACUGGACGAAGGCCAGGACCCUUGCCAGAGUGAUUCUGGCGGCCCCCUGGUGUGUGAUGAGACCUUGCAAGGCAUCCUUUCCUGGGGUGUUUACCCCUGCGGCUCUGUCCAGCAUCCGGCAGUCUACACUCAGAUCUGCAAAUACACCAACUGGAUCCAGAGAAUCAUCCGUUCCAACUGACCCGGGCCCUGCACCCCUGCAGCCCUGCCCUCCUUCUCCCUGCACACAGAAGCCUGUCUGCCCGUACACUCCCUUCCCUCACCCCUGCCUUCUCUCCACUGCUCACACUGGAGUCCAUGUAUAGGAAGCAGUGGCAGAAUUUUGUUCCAGCUGGCCUAGUCACUCAGCCUCAGAGAGACACCAUCAAGUUCCCCCGCCCCCCAGGCUUCUUAGACCACUUUCUGCCAUGUGGCACAAGCUCAUUGUCCUCUCUGGGCCUUGAUUUCCUCAUCUGCAAGAUGGGGACAAUGAAGUGUCUAUGUCUCAGACAUAUAUUGAGGAGAC